AAGGCUCAUGAGCUCGUAAAUGACCAUUAUAUUUAGGCUUCCAGGCCUUUUCCCCACGGUGCUAUUGAAGUUUAGCGGUAUAAUUGACAGAGCCAUGGUCCGCAUGAUUACCGAAUGAGGGGUGAAAGGUAUUUUACGAAUAGCGAUGCCGGGAGAAGAAUGCGAACCAUAGGGGUAAAUUCAGACAUUUACCAUCGGAUUGCCUAAUCCGGUAACCCGCGAGGAUAUAACAUAGGAGUAUAUCCUCCUCCCCCACUUCUGACAAACAAACGAACUUGCUAGCUUAAGAUCGGAAGGGGAGUAGGUACUGUAUCUUCAGCCCAAUGUACCAGCAAUAAGAACCGGAGGUGUCGAAUAAUCGGUUCUGAUAGACCCCCUUUCACUCCUUGAGGAUUGCCGAGUUGCUAAAGUCUGAAACUACGCCACAUGAGAAGAGUCAAGAGUAUAGCCGCCACUCUCAUUUUCCCAUCACAACCCUCCCCACUACCUAGAUUCAGUCAUUCAGUCAGUCAGCCAGCCAUACAAUGGCCGAGACCAGGUGGAAAAUAGCCCUAGGCUCCGAUGACGCUGGGGUGAAUUACAAAGCCAAAAUCAAAGAGGAUUUCGAAAAAGAUCCCCGAGUCGAGUCCGUAGUAGAUGUCGGUAGUCUCUCGACAGAUGACAAAACGGCAUAUCCACACCGAGCGGCAGCGGCAGCACAGUUAGUAGCCGACGGCAAAGUCGACAGAGCGCUGCUCAUCUGUGGAACCGGACUAGGAGUCGCCAUAUCGGCUAAUAAAAUUAAAGGUGUCCGAGCAGUCACAGCUCACGAUAGCUUCUCGGUAGAGCGGGCGGUCAUGAGUAACAAUGCCCAAGUCCUCUGUAUGGGUGAAAGGGUGAUAGGCUUGGAACUCGCACGCAGACUAGCCAAGGAAUGGCUCGGCUAUGUUUUCGAUGAAAAGAGCGCAAGCGCGGCUAAGGUAGAGGCCAUAUCUCACCUCGAAAAGACAUUGUAGGCCAGAAUAGUAUGCUGGGUUGGAGGUUGGAGGUCAGAUGUUAGAUAUCAGAUAUCGGACGUCUACAUGAAAAAGAAUGAAAGGUGAAGAUUGAAGUUAAAAAAGUUGGAAGAUUUAGGUACCUAGUACUAGUACCUAGUAGGUACAUAUGUAACCUUAGAGUAUUGGCAGACACGUAGUAGCGCCUGCUUAUACGGAUCACCUUCAAGAAAUAAGAAAGCAGCUGCAACUGUUGUCUACUUGGUGACACUACCUAAUA